CCGUGGGAGGGGAAGUUCGUCUAAACCGACGACCGCGUGUUUCAUCCGGCACCUGAGGCCCCAACGGACUGUUUCGGAUGUUAGAGUUAACCGGAAACAGUCGACAGGUGUAGGUAAAUUAGCCCUAUCACUGUUAUGCUAGCAAGGUAAUGUCAGACUCGAGUUAAUCGUCGUUUUGCUGUCGUAAAAUGGGAUAAUUUAUUGUUAAAAUACACAAGGAAUCCCGGGCUAUUUUCUGGUACAGUGAUAUUGAGUAUUAAAUUAGUCAUACCAGUCGUUAAGAGUAAAAUAACUAGCUUGCGUUACCUGGCCAAACUACCUUUUCUGUCCACCUGCUACCCACAAAGCUAAAUACAAGGUGUGUUCUUGAUUAUGCUAAAAGGUGGUAAGCAAAAAAAGUACAAUUACAGCCUUGCAUUGGCUGCUUCAUAAGAAAUCAAAUUGGUGUAAUUUUCAUGAAGUACACAGCUGACAAUGUCCAGUUUCCAGUGACAGGAUGUUUAGGAAAACUGCCUGGAGGAACACGGUCAGUGAUGCACUGAGUUUCCGCCAGGAUCAAGCCCUCAACACAACUAUAUUUCUCCUGAAAACCUACGGCCCCAUGGGAUUUCUGCUCAGAGAGGAUGGAGAGACCAGAAACUUCAAGGUGUGCUUGGGUGACCCACAUACGUGCACUUGCCCUGUGUUCACCAAGGAGCAGGAGCCAUGCAAACACAUCUUCUGGAUUUUACUGCGGAAAUUCAGACUACCAAGAGAACAUGACUAUUCAUUUCAAAAUGGACUUGUGGAUAGACAGAUCCUGGAGGUGCUCCAUGGUUUACACCAAACCAGACCCCACCGGAUGGAAAAUGAUCCCUCUGCAGAUUCUGGGACCCCAAGCCAACCAGUCAUGGGCCAGGAGGCUGGAAGUGUCUGUCGGAAAGUGAUUCAAGCCCAGGAUGUGUGUCCUAUCUGUCAAGAGGAGCUUCUGGAGAAAAAACAGCCUGUGUCUCACUGCAGGUUCGGCUGUGGCAACAAUGUCCACAUCUCUUGCAUGAAAGUGUGGGCAGAUCACCAGAAGCUCUCAGACACAGAAGAGAUGGUGAAGUGCCCUCUGUGCAGGGAGGACUUCAGCUCUUUGAAGUUACUUAAGGAGCAGGUGAAAAACGCAGAAAAGCUCUUCACUGCUGCUGAAAGAGAGAAGCCAGAAAGACACCUGGGUGUUCUCUGUCACAUCUGCCAAGUCUGCCCUAUCACUGGCAGAUGUUUCAAAUGCAUAGUCUGCAGUUACUUCUAUUUGUGUGAGGGAUGCGCAAAGAGAGGCUGCCACCCACAGCAUCAGUUUGCUUCACGAACAAAAAGAAGAGACAAGUGGCAUCUUGUUGCAGAGGACCUGAGUGAUGAACCAAAGGGAGCGACCUGUCAGCCAGCAAAUGACAGCAUCAUGACUGUAGCUGCGGAUCCUCUACCUGAAAAUGUGUUGGGGUGUCUGCCUACUGUCAGGGUGAGAUCAGGAUCUCGGCUCUUGGACGAGGGACAGCAGUGUCGGAUCUGUCUGCAGAAUUUUACCCUGGGCCAGCGUGUCCGAAUCCUGCCCUGUCAUCAUAAGUUCCACAUGGAUUGUGUGGAUGGGAUCUUGCGGAAGACAAACUCCUGCCCUUUGGAUGGAUACGUCAUUUUUAAUCCCUUGAUUUGGAGAACCAGUGAAAGGAAGACCUCCCAUAAAUUGGCAUCCUGCCCUUCCAGUGACUCUGGCAAACCAGACCAUAACUUAAAAGACCUGUUUAUCCCAGGAACUGCACUGCGGGACAGGAAAACUAGAACUGCUCCUCCACAUGGUUCUCUUCAUUUAGAGUUGCUGACAGGCUCUUCAGAAACUUUUAACAUCCCACAAAAGUUAAUAAGUGACCAGUUUCUUGGCUUGUGCAUUACCACAACAGAUGCUGCAAAAAAAGAAGGAAAAGGAGUGCUGCAGAAAAAACAAAGUCUUGCUUUUCCUGAAAGCAGUUGUUUUGAUCAGCGAAGUAAAUCUGACUCAGGUGACAGACAAAACACCUGUUCCUCAAAAAAGACACUGGCAAAAUGCAGCUCUGCCUCACCUAAUAUGUUUGUACCUGUGGCAAAAAUCAGAGAGCAGCCACAGGUGAACCUUUUUGUAGGUUUUUGCAGAUCAGAAGCAAGCCACACAGCCACUGUGGCCUUUCCUGCCAGGCGAACUACACUACAGCCAAGAAGGAGAGGCCCGAUAACUGCUCAAGUCACAAACAAGAAACCUACUUCAGAGCUAAGAAUGACUGGAGUCUCGAUCAACACACAGCAUCACCGGAACACAGAAACUUAAAAUUUUAGUUUUUUCUGCACUUUUUUCCAUAAAAUGAAUGGAAAAGCUACUGAACAAGAAUUGGUAUCAAGUAAGUUUAUUUAGUUCACAAAAAGGCAAGACUAAUAACACUACCAUUAUUACAGAGGUAAACACAAGAGGUGCUCAUUUGGGAAGAAACAAAAGCCCAUGAGGUUCAAUGGCUAGACACAAGAGGAGCACACUAUAGAACACAUUGAAAUCAAUACAAAUACAUUCAGUGAGAUCAAUUUGAUAUGGGAGUGGCAGUAGGGUUGAUUUGCUUGUCAAAAAUUAUCAGCACAAAGUGUUCACACACUACUCCUUGUGGUGCCGUUGAAGCUGGGAUACACAGUUUUCAAGCUGAUGAAUAGCGGGAGAAAGUAUUUUCAUUUGUUAGCAUACUGAAUGAUUAAGUGCUUAACUUGUUGCUACAUUUAAAAAUACAAAGCUCAGGCUUUUUGUACACUCCCAUGGAAAGACACUCACUCUUUAGGCUAACCUUAAAAUAAUUCACAUUGAUAACACAUCUCAAAUGACAGUUACUCAAAAACUUUGUCGUUCAACCAUUCAGUGAAACACACUGAUGAACCUCUCAGACCUUUUGCUGUUGGAUGGACGAAAUAACGGCACAAAUUAAAUGUCACAGUCACAUAAUACAUAAAAUGUUGCUUUACUAUAUACAUAGAAAAAACACAUCGUAUGAAUGUGGCAACAGAAUCAAGGCUUAUACGUACAAAAUGAAGUCGUCAUUGAAAAAGUUUUUACAGUAGUACCAUGACGGAAGACUAAAUAUGGCAAAAAUUGUUGCUGCAGAUUUUGUUUUUAAAUCUUAAUUAUGGUUGAUAUUGCUAGUGGAACCAUUUUCUGGUACUCAUGGUGAGGUUUUUUUUUUUGUUUGUUUUGUUUUGUUUUUGUUUUUUUUUGCCAAACUUUAUGACAAACAGGCAAUGAUAUCAGAUUUCUUCAUUUUAAUUGCUGUAAUAUAUACACACUGAAAAUGUUAUAAGUUUCUGGGAAUGUUGUGCGCCAGCCAAACAAAUUGCCGCGCAUUAAAGUGUGGUGUGCUUUAUUUGAAUUGAGUCAAAAGCUGCCAUAUCAGUUAGUAGAGGACAGAUAUGAAAGGCAGGCGUACAUGUGACCUUGUUUGACAUUUUACUAAAGUAAAAUGUGUAUCUAUAAAUAUUUGUUAAAAUUUUUUUUUUAAACCUAAGAAA